ACUAAUAACUCUUUAAUUUUUGUAGAUUCUCGUAACGUUUUAAAUAAAAAAUUAAAAGCUCUAGACGGUAUUGUAUCACCAAAAACGAUAAAUACCCAAGAAAUAGUACCGAUUAAUCGUAAGGAACCUCAAGCCCAUUGCAGUCAUUCAGUAGUCGAUCUAUUGGCAGAAGAAGAUGAAGAAAAUCCGGAGGAACAUACUUCUGCACGAAAAAAAAUUAGGUUUGAAAAUGAGAACUCGAGUGAAAAGAACAAUGACAGUUUAAUUGAUAUUACUGGAGAUGAUAAGAAGGAUCAAAAUGAUGAUAAUUUAACUAUCAAAGUUGGGGAAAAGAACAUAAGUUCUGCUAGCAAAGAGACCGGAAAAAUUACACCAGCAAAUUACACCAGUAAUUCAGAUCAAUGA